AUGGGCUCCCUGCUGAUGCCGCUGCUCGGCAGCGUCGCUGCCAAGGCCGGCGACGCGCUGGUGGCAGAGCUGCUGCGGGCAUGGGGGCUGGAUAAGUCCCGCCGGAAGCUGGAGCGCCACCUCGCGGCCGUCCAGUGCAUCCUGCUGGACGCUGAGGUCAAGAGCCGCACCAACCCUGGUGUCCGCAAGUGGAUCAACGACCUCAAGACCGCUGCCUACCAGGCUGAUGAUGUCCUUGACGAAUUCCGCUAUGAGGCACUGCGCCGCCGUGUUGCCCAGCUCCGUCGUGCCGCCCAGAUCCGUCGCUGCUCCACCGCACGCAAGGUGCUGACCUACUUCACCGUCAAUAGUCCACUUGUUUUCUGUCUUUCCAUGAGCAGAAAGAUGAAGGAGGCCCUUGACAUAAUAGAUGAACUGGUUGUGGAGAUGAACAAUUUUCACUUUCUACAACAUACCGAGACAUCAACCAUUGUUCAUCCGCACACACACUCUCAUGUUGAUGAAUUAGAGGUUGUCGGCAGACAAUAUGACAAGGAACAAGUGGUGAAGAUAUUGCUCGGCCACUCCCAUGUAAGUAACAAUGAUAAGAAUAACGUCAUGGUGCUCCCUAUAGUUGGUAUGGGGGGAAUUGGUAAGACCACACUUGCUCAACUUGUGCAUAAUGACCAGAGAGUGGUGCAACAUUUUGAGUUGGUCUUAUGGGUAUGUGUCUCUGAUAAGUUCAUUAUCGAAGAAAUAAUCCAAUCUAUAAUAGAAGUGGCAACGAUGAAGAAGUGUGAUUUGACUCAGAUGGAGACACUGCAAAAGGAACUUUCUAGAGUUUUGGGCAAGAAAAGGUACCUUCUAGUGCUGGAUGAUGUGUGGAAUGAAGACGAACAGAAGUGGGAUGCUAUGAGAUCACUGCUCUGCUCACAUGCUGGCUCAGGUAGUGCUAUAAUUGUGACAAGCCGCAGCGAUCAAGUUGCUUCUAUUAUGGGCACACUUCCUCUGCAUCAUAUAUCACUUCUAGAUGACGAUCAAUCAUGGGAGCUUUUUCAUAGAAAAGCAUUUGGAAGUGAAGUGGAAAAGAAUGAGGAAUUGAUUUCAGUGGCAAAGAACAUUGUCCGCAAGUGUAAGGGAUUGCCACUUGCUAUCAAGACCAUAGCAGCUUUACUUCGCUCGAAGCAUCAUAGUCAGUGGUCUUCUGUUGUGGAUAGUGAUGUCUGGAAAGAUGACAUCCUCACAGUUACUGGUAUUGUACCUGCACUACAACUUAGCUAUGACCACUUGUCAUCCGAAGCACAAAUAUGCUUCUCCUUUUGUGCUAUUUUCCCCAAGGAUAGCCUGAUGGAUAAAGACACACUAAUCCAGUUAUGGAUGGCAAAUGACUUUAUUGCAUCUGAAACAAGAGGCCAACAAAUUUUCGAUAUGCUGGUUUGGAGAUGUUUUCUGCAAGAUGUGGAGAUUCAAAAGAAUCUGCUCUCCUUAAAUAAGGAUGACUUCAUCCACCGACCAACUACUUGCAAGAUGCAUGAUCUCAUGGCAUGA